AUGGCAACGGCUCUUGAGGAUCCGUAUCAGUUUGAUAUAGAUCUUACAGAAAUUAGCUCCGGAAGGUCACCUUUUAUCACACAAAAAGGUCAUUUAGGUAUUAGUUCUAUGGAAAUCAAGGAGGGCGACGUCAUAGCUUUGUUUGGUGGGACACAGAUGCCUUUCGUGCUUCGACAGUGUGAACGUGGAAAGUACAUGAUUAUCAGUGAGGCUUACGUCGAUGAAAUCAUGGACGGAGAAGCCGCGGAGGGUGGUGAAUGGGGACAUCUCGAGAGCCCCCAAUCCCAGGCUGAGCCUUCAACUACCCUCCCAUGUGACCAGCCUGCACCCCAUAGCCGCCUACACGAUACAACAUCCAAUGCGUCUUCCGCUUCUACAAAUGGCAGCACACAGCAGAUUCACACGCCCCAGACACCUCAUUUUGAACAUGGAGAUUUUGAAGAUAUCGUCACGACAUGGGGCCGAUACAGCACAGAAGAGCUUGUAAAGUCCUCGCCCUACUACACCAAGAGCACAAUCCGGAUUGACCCCUACGCGAAGCUGGAGUUUCCGGAGAUGGAAGGUUGCACCGAGCGGGUUGUCCAUGCGGUUCAUCCAAUCCCUCGCAGCUAUCUGGAGGACAUGGGUCCGAUCUGCAUGCAUGAUCUUGGCGAGAAGCUGGAUCAGGAGCGCUGGGAUGUUGAGGGAGAUCCUGCAACGACUGCUCGUAUUCAGGAGACGUUGGCUAGAAUCGAUGACAUUCUUGAGUUUGUCUUCUGUCUUCACUUGCCGGGUACUCGGACUUUUAGUGGACGGGAGCCUGCCAAGUCGUAA